CUACGCCAGCGCUUCGAGCGUUUCCUAGAGCAGAAGAACGUAGCCACCGAAGCGCUCGGGGCUCUCGAAGCCAGGACCGGUGUAGAGAAGCGGUAUCUAGCCGCGGGAGCCCUCGCCCUUCUAAGCCUGUAUCUUCUGUUCGGCUACGGGGCCGCUCUACUGUGCAAUGUCAUCGGAUUUGUAUACCCCGCAUAUGCUUCAGUCAAAGCCAUCGAGAGUCCAAACAAGGAAGACGACACUGUGUGGCUAACCUACUGGGUGGUGUACGCUCUGUUCGGCCUAGUCGAGUUCUUCAGCGAUCUACUCCUGUUCUGGUUCCCUUUCUACUACGCGGGCAAGUGCGCCUUCCUGUUAUUCUGCAUGAGCCCGGGACCAUGGAACGGGGCUCUAAUACUGUACCAUCGCGUCAUACGACCACUGUUUCUAAAACACCACGUGGCCCUCGACAACGCAGUGAGCCAGCUAAGCGGAAGAGCAUUGGACAUAGCAGCGGGAAUAACCCGGGACGUCCUGCAGGCCCUAGCCCGGGGCCGAGCUCUCAUCACCCCAGCAUCAGCAACGGAGCCCCCAACCACUCUGGAACUGAACCCCAAGUCAAGCCAGACCCCGCUCCUGAAACACAAUUGAAGUCUCCUGCCAGUUUGUGCUUGGAGCCUGUGCCCAGUGACAAGGAGGAGGGACACACAGCUGACGCCCAGGUCUCCUUGGACUCCUCCUCCUCGGACUCCCAGACAGAGAUCCAAAACCAACGCCGAACUUCAAGCCCA